AUGUCCAAGAUCAAGAUCAAGAUGAAGAUGCCCCGCCUCCUCAUCUCCCGGCGCUGGAAGUACCCCUGGGUGCUCAUCGCCUUGACGGCGUUCGAGCUCGCCGGCACUGUCGCCGUGCUGGUGCUGUUCGCCAUCGCGCAGCCGGACCUGUACCGCACCAAGCUCUGGCAGUUGGGCUAUGACUUGGGCUAUAACAGCAGCCCCAAGCAGAUCCUGUACGCCUAUGCGAACCACCGACCGAUUCCCAAGACGCCGUUCAUAUGGAGUCAAACCAUCACCGACUAUAACGUGGUUAUCUCCGUCCUCUGCACCUUCGUCCUCAUCGUCAAGUCCGUCAUGUUCGUCAUUCACGUCUGGUACCCGCUGCUCAGCUCCGUCACCAACGCCAUCAUCGUCGCUCUGUGGGCGGUGAGCAUGUACGGCCAGAUGGGACCCGACCACUCGGACCCGCGCCAGCGCUCCGACGUCGCGUGGUACGUCACCAAGAGCUGCUCAGUGGCAAGGCCGAGCGGGAAUUACCACAACUGCGAGUUGGCGAAGGGGGCGUUUGCCGUUACCGUGAUCAUGCUGGUCAUCUUCCUCCUCCACCUCGCCCUCAGCAUCCACAGCAUGGUCCCCUCCGCCGCGGAGCGAGCCGCUCGGAGUAUGGAAGUCGACGACAUGCAGAUGACGAAGGACUCGCCCGACCCGGACAACGCCUCCGAGAGGGAGUGGGAGAUGAAGAACGUACCGAGGCAGCCUGCAGUGCCCUACACGCCUCGGACGCUAGCCUUCAACACGCUGGACAGGCAAUUGCCGUUACGAGCGCCGGAUUAUGGACGAUGA